GCCACUCCCCCAAAAUUCCCCACGGAGAAGAAGGAACCCUAGACUGCUUUGGCGCGGAAUCAACAUGGAGAACCAGCGGAGCGCUGUCGGCUGGCGAAUCCACCCUCCUCCGCCUCCCCAUCUCCCCCCUCCACCCCCUCCAUCCACGCAAAGGCAUGACGACCAGAAAUUUGGGGGAAGUCAAGAAAUCUCCCUAGAAGGUACCGCUAAGAAUUCUGGUAGAGCCAAGUGGAAUCAUCAGAUGAAGGCAUAUCUCAUUGAACUCUUAAGAGAUCAUGAUGUUCCCAAAUACCGGACAGUACAUGCUCCACAAGUUGAGGCAAACUCGGCUCAAGGAAAUGACUUGACAGUACAUGCUCCACAAGUUGAAGCAAUACCAAUUUCCUCACAACAUGUUGGACAAACCUUGCAUGAAAUUCCACAAGUUGUACAUCGCAAUCGUCGACCAUCUAGCUCAGCUCCUGAGGUUACUAGCAGGAAGAGAGCGAAAAAGCAAAAGACGACCAGUAUUGAUGAUUUUCAUGAGAGAUACCUGAAACUCAGAAGGGAAGAAAUAGAUAGGUAUGCAGCCAUUGAGGAGAGGAAAUUAAAAGACCCCUUCAGCAUCAAGAAAUGCAUCAAAGCACUUGAAAGGUUGGAGGGUCUUACGAUGGCCGAUACGCUAAAAGCAGCGGACAUCUUCACCGCCAACAAGGAGAACAGGGAAGUAUUUCUAUCAUUUUCAAGUAACGAAUUACGGUUAGGUUGGUUGACUGGAAAAAUUCGGAAUACCUAAUCAAAUGGAACUAGUAUUUCGUACUAGGGGAGGGCUAGCUUAAAACUGAGAUAUAUUUUGUGCAUGUGCAUUUAUGGACACAUGGACAUGAUCCUUG